UUAGGGCGGGAGAGGGAGUAUCACCAAAUGAAUGAAUGGCCAUUGGCCAAUUACUCUGACAGCCUUGUCACCAACCAGAGGCGCCUCCCAAAGAAAAGGAAAACAAAACCCACCAGAAGAAAGCAAGCUGCUGCAGGAAGAGCCACACAAUGUCCGGCCAAUUUUUUAUUAGUGGCUCGCAACGACGGUCUUCUCCUUGAAUGUGAAAUGAGCAAAUUUCCGCUUCAGGAGAUCAACCAGGAAGAAGAUGGAAGAAGGCUAGAAGCAGCAGCGCCGCUCCAUAGAGAAGAAGAAGAAGGAGAAGAAGAAGCGCCGCCAGUAGUGCGAGAUGAGGAGGAGGAGACGGAGAAGGCAAGAUGCGAAUGGGACUUCUCUCUCUCUUCCUCAAUUCUGCCGCCGAGCACCUCCCUCUGUGGAACCUCAGACGCCAUCGGCGUGAUAGAAAUCGACCCGUCCGACACCAUCUUGGCCACCGGCGGCAGUGCCCGCAAAAUCAGGAUAUACACCCUCAGGCCACUGGAGAGUCGCGGCUUCCACGACCACGCCAGUACCUACGACUACUACAUUUGCACCCCUGCCAAGCUGAGCAGCCUGAGGUGGCAGCCGGACUCCGGCGGACGCGUCAUCGGAUCCGGCGACUACGACGGCGUCGUGACCGAAUACGACCUCGAGAAGCGCGUCCCCGUGUUCGAACGGGACGAGCACGGCGGGCGGCGGGUGUGGAGCAUCGAUUACUCCGCCAGGUUCCCCUCCGUGGGCGCCUCCGCGUCGGACGACGGCACCGUGCACUUAUGGGACUCGAGGUCCGGGGCGGGGGUGGCGGUCGUUCAGCCGGGGUCCAUGAGCCCGGUGUGCUCCGUGGAGUUCGACCGCUCGGAUGGCAGCACGCUUAUGGCCGUCGGCUCGGCCGACCGCUGCGUCUACGUCUUCGACCUCCGGUGGCCGGCCCCAGAACCGAUCGCGGUGCUGAGAGGCCACCGUAAGGCCGUGUCCUACGUGCGGUUCCUGGGUUCCGGCAGCAUCGUGUCGGCGGGGAUUGACGGGUGCCUGAAGCUGUGGGACGUGCAUGCGGCAAAGGUGGUGCGCACGUACGAAGGGCACGUGAACGCCCGGAACUUCGUGGGGCUGGCCGUGUGGCGGGAGGGCGGGCUGCUCGGGUGCGGGUCGGAGAGCAACGAGGUGUACGUCUACGACCGAAGGUGGAAGGACCCGAUCUGGGUUCGCGGCUUCGAGCCAAGGCCGCUGCUGGGUCAGUCUGGGUGCGGGGGUCGGUUCGUAAGCAGCGUGUGCUGGAGGCAGCAGACUAGUGGGGAGUGCACGCUGGUGGCCGGCGGAUCUAACGGUGUGUUGCAGGUCUUUACAGGCAAAAAAAAGGAGACAUGGUUUGCUUAGUCUCGUGUAUUAGUAAGAAAAAUUAUUCGAAUUAUUAUUAUUUUUCCUUUAUACUGCAAAGAUGAAAGAAGGAACAGUUUGAGAGAACAAUCACAGGUGCUUUAUUUGAGCGCGUUCUUCUUUUCUUACUUUCCCUUUUGUUUUUAAUUUUUCUUGGACUUGCGAAUAAAGAUUUUCAUUUUAUA